CGCGCCGGCCGGCGACUCAGCGGAGGACCGGGCCGGAAGUGGUCGUUUCCAUGGUAACCCCGAGCGGUUGCUCGGGAGACGACCCCGUUCGGUCUCUGACCCUCCGCGGGAGCGGCGCUUCUGAGGCAGAUGCAGCCGGUCUUCUCGGACGGUCUCCUGCCAUGAUUCCCGGGAAAUACCGCUCCGUUUCUGGUCGGGCUGCGAGCAACGUGAACUGUGGGCUUCAUCUGGUUAUUCAAACAUCAUCGCUUCCUGAAAAAAACAAAGUUGAAUUCAAGCUAAAUAAAGAAACACCAUCAUUCCCUGGUCGACUCUUACAACAUGACCUUGAAAGAAACUACUCAAGUAGGCAAGGAGAUGGAAGGGUAAUAAGCCCUUCACCUCGUAAUAAGUCGUCCUGCGUCUCGUCCACAACAAACGGGACAGAACCGUGUGGGCUGGAAAUGAAAACUACCACGAGCUCCUCGCCAGCGUUUGGAGAUUCUUCCAUUCAGACACCUUCAAAGUCCAGAAUCCGGCAGGGCUGUCAUAGUGCUGGCCCCAGUGUAUCUGGUGAUCAUAUUAACUUGGUGAGCUCAUCAAUGCCAUCCUUCCCCAUUCUCCAGCGUUCUUCUGAGGAGAAAAUUCUGUACUCAGACAGGCUGACCCUAGAAAGGCAAAAGCUGACUGUAUGUCCUGUCAUCGACGGGGAGGAACACCUUCGCUUGUUGAACUUUCAACACAAUUUUAUAACUCGGAUCCAAAAUAUUUCUAAUCUGCAGAGGCUAAUAUUCUUGGAUUUAUACGAUAACCAGAUUGAAGAAAUUAGUGGGCUUUCUACUCUGAGGUCCCUCCGUGUCCUCCUGCUGGGGAAGAACAGAAUCAAGAAAAUCUCAAACCUGGAGAAUCUAAAAAACUUAGAUGUCUUGGACCUUCAUGGAAAUCAGAUUACCAAAAUUGAAAAUGUCAGUCAUUUGUGUGAUUUGAGAGUUUUAAAUCUUGCCAGGAACCUUUUAAGUCACGUCGAUAAUCUUAAUGGGCUGGAUUCACUGACUGAACUUAACCUGCGGCACAAUCAGAUCACUUUUGUGAGAGAUGUGGAUAAUUUGCCCUGCCUCCAGCGUCUGUUUCUCAGCUUCAACAAUAUAUCAACUUUCGAGAGUGUUUGCUGCCUUGCUGACUCUACUUCCCUCUCUGACAUCACCUUUGAUGGCAACCCAAUAGCUCAAGAGUCAUGGUACAAACACACUGUCCUUCAGAAUAUGAUGCAGCUGCGCCAGCUGGAUAUGAAGAGGGUCACGGAAGAAGAAAGGCGUAUGGCAUCUGUUGUGGCCAAAAAAGAGGAAGAGAAGAAGCGGGAAAGUCAGAAGCAGUCUUUGCUUAAGGAGAAGAAGAGGUUAACCAUUAACAACGUUGCCCGAAGGUGGGACCUGCAGCAACAUCGAAUAAGCAAUAUUGCUGCGGAUCAAGACGGAAGAGACUCGGACUCCCCUUCUCAGGACCCCUGCCAGAACGACGGGAGCACCGUCUCUGCAUUUCAGGAGGAAACAGGGUCUCUGGACUCAGGGCUCACCAGUGCUUUGCAGGGCCUGUCGGUCACGGACACACACCUCGUGGAGGUGGACGGGGACACGCUGUCCCUGUACGGCUCAGGGGCGCUGGAGUGUCUGGAUCGGAACUGGAGCGUGCAGACAGCGGGAAUGGUGACAACGGUGUCCUUCACUUUCAUAGAAUUUGAUGAAAUCGUCCAAGUGCUCCCCAAAUUAAAGCUGAAGUUUCCUAAUUCCCUGCACCUUAAGUUCAAGGAGACAAACCUUGUAAUGCUGCAGCAGUUUAAUGCCCUGGCGCAACUCCGUCGCGUCGACCAGUUGACAGUUGAUCCUCAAGGAAAUCCAGUUGUCAGUUUUAUCCUCUGGAAAUACUAUGUCCUGUUCAGGCUGAGCCAUUUUAGUAUGCAGAAAAUAAAUGGAACAGAGGUGACGCAAAACGAUAUGAUCAUGGCUGAAAGGCUCUUUGGAAUCCUAGCACACGUAGCGUCUUCUGAGUUACCGCCGUACCGUCUGAUUUCAGUUCUGGGUGAUGCCAGAAAGAAGCAAUUCCGGUGUCUUCUGGAAACCAAAGGAAGAAAACCUGGUAUUGUCAGUGAAGAAAACGACGACAGCAAGAGACUCGCAGGAGAAAACACAAACCGGGCCGCGCUGCACUACACCACGCGGGACCUCUACCAUGAAAAGCUGGAGGAAAUAAAGGAAAAAAAGAAAUUCUGCAAGAUGUAUAUCGAGGACCUUGUGAAGGAAGCCACAGAAAUCAACAUGAAAAAUGAGGCUUUGCAGAAGCUUUGGCCACAGAUGUUCAUAGAGCUCGUCAGGGACGCGGUCAUAGAAGUCCGCAACAAGAAUUCCUACAUGAAGCUUUGCCUGCAGCACAUCACUGACCAGAAGUAGAAAUGGCUUUUAGUUGCAGCUGAUUUUAGCAGUUUUAUGUUUUUGAACGUUGAAAUUAUGUAGGUUAAACAUGUUAAAACAACCACACUGUUCAACAAAGACUAGCAUCAGAGCGUCAUUGCCUCCUGUCCUCGUAGUUAAGGGUCAGGAAGCAGAGGACAGAGACAGGGAGGGCUGCUGCCCCACGUGCGCUGAGCAGGCCGCCUGUGGGAACUAAGCAGCCUUUAGGGGCGGCCGGCCCUUGCUUGACUGGCGCCCUGCGAUAGCCCGCGGCACGCGGUGUCUGCUCGUGGCUCAGCGCGAGUUGCUUCCACCUACUUUCAGCUGAUAAGUUUUAGUUAUUUGCCUUUUUAUUUUGUGUCAUGAUCUCAAAGCCAAAAAUGUUUUUUUUAAUGAAUGGAGAAUAAACUUGCUAAUAAAUUAGCUUAAAAGAAA